AAAAAAAAAUGGCGGCGACAAUGAGCGAAGACGAAGAAUCGAGAGUUAUGGUUUGUGCGAUACAUUCGUUUCAUUAAAGUUUGUUCAAUUGAUUAUACGUUUGUGAUGUAUUCUGGAAAUCUCUGCAUCUAAAUCUAUAUUUAAUUAACCCUUAAUAUUUAAUAGCAUAAGUAUAAUAGAUGUUAAACUUCCGUUUAUAUUUGCAACUGAAGAUGAACAGCACAUAAAAACAUUCACAUUGUCUUUUGGUUGGUUCACGGUUAAUAGAACUAGAUCUAUUAACCGUGGUUGGUUUCUGUAAGCGUUUUGGGGGCAGCAGAUGGUUGUCUUAGAAAUGUUGAUUCUUAUAAAAGUAUAUUACUUUAAUUUAUUUACCAUCAAAUACAAGACUACAACAUAUAAUGAAAAGAAAGAAUUGACAUUAUUUUCUCACUCUGAUAAACGCUAGUUGACCGUUGACCUGCUGCACGAUAACGCUUUUUGCUUAGUGAAACCCAGUGAUGUUUUCCACGGGGAAUGUGGCCUCGCACUAUUUUCACAAGGGGAACAGUGUUCCCCCUGAUAAAACUCAAAAUAAUAUGGGGAACAGCGUUCCCCUUGACAAGAGUCAUAAACACUGCACAGGCAUAAGAUGCUAUGUGUAUGUAAUACAAUCUGCAGAUGUUCAGGUUUCGGUUUUCGUACAUCUCAUCAGUGCAUCUCUGAACACAUCUAGAUAUGUGAUGACCACUGUAUUUAUACUCAUAAGCUUAUUCUCACCAAGCGCAUGUGGUAUAACACAUUGACAUCAACGCACCAGACAUGUGCAGAGUGUAAUGGGGCCAGAGUUUGCAUUAUUGUGACCACACUUUCAUACUGUGUUUAAUGUGCGUUUUCUCUUAAUAGAAACUGGAGUUUCAAUGGCUUUUGGAAAAGCAAGUUCCUUCUAUUUUGAGAAAAGUUGAAAGCGUUUUGAAGGUAGUAUACCAUAUGCAUGUCUUCCGCGCAAUGGCGGAAAUUCACUUUUUCGGGGGGGGGAAAGCCUCCUAAAUUUCCAACAGAACUUACAAAUUUCCGACAUACCCCCCCCCCGAAAAGACUGUUUUUAGCCUUCUUUUAGAUCAAAAUUUCCGAAAAUUCGUCAAUUUUCCGGAAGGUGGGGGGGGGGGGAGGCGGACGCCCUCCCGCCCCACCAAGAUUUCCGCCACUGCUUCCGCGCAUUUAAUAGAGAGUUUGAGCAAGAGAACGAAGUAGGACGACGACGACGUGGUUGACAAUUUUUGCCUGUCUUGCACAUUAUCUUGCGUAUUCUGAGUUUAGGGUCAGGGGUGAAGACAGAUUAGAGAUUCAUGUCUAGCUGUUUAUGAAUGUUGACCCAAAUCCUCACACUGAUCCUGACAAAACAACGAGACAUGAAUCCAUAUCCCGUCUUCGUUCUUCUGCCUUCGUUCAGAACGAAUAUUUUGGCAAAAUUCGUCGUGAACUUCGUACUGCACAAAGACGGGAUAUAGUUUCGUGUCUUGCUGUUUUGUCAGGGUCAGGACAAGUAUUAGGGUCAGUAUUCAUAAACAGCGACACAUGGGAAGACACGUUGAGCAACUACCAGUGACGUCCAACUCAGUAUGCACAAGAUAAUGUACAGACAGGCAAAAAUUGUCAAGUACGCCUUCGUCUUCGUACUUCGUUGUCUUGCUCAAACUCUCUAAUGUUACAGACUACGACACAGUUAUGACACUUAAAAUGGUGGCAAAAACCGUGCCUUGAUAAAAAAUUUAACACAUGUAGUGAGUAGUGACAAGACAAAAACCAAACUACAUUAUUUUGUAUUAUUUUAUAAACAUGUUAAUUCUUUACUUGGUUCGAGUGUCCAAAAAUACCAUUAGUACACACUGCGCAGAUUAGCAGACAUGUGUUUUUAAUACUUACGUUGUUUAUGUAUUUCUAGGCCUGCGAUGAAAAAUUCAAUAAUAAUCCUCAAAAGAAAACGGGUAGGCUAAACAUUUACUACGAAGUUGUCAUUUACGUUCCCUUAUUUUUUGUGCAAAGACCUUUAAAGGACAAACGUUUUAAUGCAUGCAACGUACGUCACAGGCUACCGUGUCGAUACCGUGAGAACUACGCUAUGUCUGAGUCUCUAACAAAAAUGUUUCCCCAUUACAUCGUGACGCUGUUCUACACUUUUUCCUUAUCACAGACAAUGGUUCUGAAAAACCUGAUAAAUUUUUGCUUAAGACACCCAGGUAGGUCGUAAUACUAGUCUUGUAUUUUUAUUAAUCGCAUUCGCACAUUAUUUAGUCUUCAUCCUCAUGUAGUCUUUAAACUGUCCUCCUUGCAGUAUUGAUGUAUUGAAAGGUUAUGUGACAGUAAACGGGGAUUCUAUCACGAAUGCUGUAAGUAAAGUCAUCCUAGCCUGCGGUGGUGAUUAAACAACAAAGAACAGUACUUGCAGUUCCUACAUACAGAACAAUAAUGACGUUGUGAGACUAUGAACAGAACUACACUUUUUAGGACAUAUUGUUUUAUAACUACGAGGAUCCUCAGCAUCGUAACACGAGUACAAAGAGAAAAUGUAAUUCUUAAAAACACUGCCGAACUAACAAAGACUAUCUGUAUUCAAAUUAAAAUAUUGGUGAUGUUGAAGGGAAUGGGUAUGGUGGAAAUGAUCAGGUGAUCAUGAUGAUAAUGGUGGUGAAGAUGAUGAUGGAAGUGAUAAUGAUGGUGAUCAUGAUCAUGAUGGUGGUGAUGAUAAUCAUGAAAGUGAUGAUGAUGAUGAUGAGGAGGAGGAUGGUGAUGAUGAUGAGGAUGAUGGUGAACAUGAUGAUGGUGGUGAUGGUGGUGAUGGUGAUGAUGAUAGUGAUGAUGAUGAUGAGGAUGAUGGUGAACAUGGUGAUAGUGAUGAUGAUCAUGGUGAUGAUGAUCAUGGUGAUGAUGAUGACGGUGAUGGCGAUGGUGGUAACAGUGAUGAUGAUGAUGGUGAGAGUGACGAUGCUGGUGGUGAUGAUGAUGAUGAUGGCGUUGUGGCGAUGAUGGUGGUGAUGAUGAUGACUUAAACGUGUAUAAGUACGCUAAACUGGUCGACUUACUUGCAGGAGUUGAAGUUGAAAGUGCCAAAGAUAGCGAAUGGUAAUAUUCAUACAUAUAUAAAAGAAGGACUUCCUUGGAGACUCAGUCAGGUACGCUACUUUCAAACAAAACAGCUGCUUCACACAGUGUGAUCACCUUCAGUUUGCGUAAUAUUUUCACAAUGUUUUAGGUUCAAGAUGCAAAAAACAAUCUACAAAUGGCAAUAGAGAAGAUUAGCGAAGCAUUAUCAAUAGAAACAUUUACAACAGGAAUGCAAAUUAAUGAGGUG